UGAUUUGGCAUGUGCUAUAGAUCUAAACUUGAGGUCAAGAUAAUUGAUUUGGCAUGUAUGCACCAGGAUCCAAGGGAGUCGAUGAAGCGCUUAUUGAGAAACUCAAAAAGUGACUCCUUAUGCGAUGAAAGGGAUCUUAGGUCAUAUACCUGCUAACACAAUUGUGAACCAUUAUGGAACUACUUUCAUUCUUGGGUCCAACAAGCCAUCUUCAUCCAUCAUAGCACCCGUGCAAUCCAACAUCUCCAACACUAGUCUAAUUCUGAAUCAAGCCCAUUCGUCAUCGUUACACACUAUUUUUUGUUGGAAUUGAACAACAAUUCAUAUUGUACAAGUCCAACUACUCGAAGUUUCGAAAUAAAAUCAAUUUAUGGUUGAGAGGAAGAUGAAAAUAGUAGCAAUAACUCUCAUAAGAAGUCGGCACAUAAAGAGUUUUUUUAAACAACAACAAACCUCUAACCAUUCAAGUCGUGGUACCUCUUUAUGUCUCUUUCUCUUCCGUUCUUGUAACUCUAUUCUUGGCUUAAAAGCUUCCUUUGAAGAAAAACAAAAUGGUAUAUAAACGAACCCCUAAAUCACAACAAGUAACCAAAAGGGGUCGUUUGAAAGUUGAGAUUUUUCAAAUAUGUGUAUUUGAUGAAUACAUAUAUUGUAAAUAAAGAUUGUAAGAAUUAGAUGAUUGAAAGAAUAUCUUGUUUGUUUGUAGCCAUUCAAAAUUUUUAAGAAAAAGAAAAAUCACUUUAUGAGCUAAAAGUUGAACAAAUUAAAGCCUACAAUCUCAAAUGAAGAAUCUCACAUUUUUGUAGAGAUUUAAAAUAAGUGAUUGUGGAUGAUAUGAAAUUUUAGGUUCCAUCUCAAAUACAUGUAUUGAAUAAAAUUUUGAAAAAAAAAAAAAAUAUUUUAGAAUACAUGAAUUCAAAAAAUAAUUCAUUUAGAAUCAUAAGUACCAACCGAAAUAGCUUGCCAUCUAUGAACUCGCCCUGUGGAGUAAUUCGCGUGGCGAGCGGCGGCCCAAUUCCAAUUCGCAACCCGUUUUCUGUUUUUGGCCCCUUUUAUGUCAUUCCUUUUCCCCAAGUCUCCAAUCCCGGAGGGCGCUCGGAGAAAGAGAAGAAAAAGCUCGAGAGACUCACUGAAACCAGCCACACAAACUCAGCUGCGGAGGGCGACCUGAGAUCCAGCCUCACACCCAUCACAAUCCACCGGUGAGUUGUAAUCAUGUGGAGAAGGGCGGUUUGUUCGCAGCUCAAAACCCUCGCCGCCGCUGGGGGCAAGGCCUCCUCCUCGUCUCUGCCUUCUCGAUUCCGUCACGCUGAUAGAUCGAUCAUUUAUCCGGCAGCAUCUUCUUCUCUGUUCAACCGAUAUUUCAGCGCAGAUGAUGCAUUGAAAAAGCCAGUCGAGGAUGUGAUGCCUAUUGCAACUGGCCAUGAACGUGAAGAGCUUGAAGCAGAACUGCAGGGGAAAGAUAUUCUUGACAUUAACCACCCAGCUGGUCCAUUUGGCACAAAGGAAGAACCUGCUAUUGUCAAGUCUUACUAUGACAGGAGGGUAGUUGGAUGCCCUGGAGGUGAAGGAGAGGAUGAACAUGAUGUUGUCUGGUUUUGGUUGGAGAAAGGCAAGCAUUUUGAGUGUCCUGUCUGCUCGCAGUACUUUGUGCUGGAAGUUGUGGGACCUGGAGGAGACCCUGAAGCUGGACAUGGCGACGACCAUCAUCACUAGAGGCGUAUCAGCAUUCCGACUUUCCAAUUGGAAUAAAAAGAAUUUGUGGAUGAUGAGUUCUUUCCAAACGUACACAUUUCAGCAGCUUCAGGUUCAGAAAGCUUUGAUAACUUGGUUUUCGUGUCUGAUUGCUCUUCCUUUUUAUUUUUGUCCCUGAUGGUUGGGGUACGGGUCUGUUUUGUACGUCUCAGUCUCUGGAAUACCAUGAAUCGUGUUAAAAAGUUUUACCCCUUUAGAGCAUUGCCCAAAUAAUUCAUGGCUCAUUACUUCUAUUCUUUUUCUGGAACUGUUUUGAGGAGGCUGGAUUCUGGAUUGCCCCCUGGUAGAUCUUUUAUUACAUUCUCAAGUUCACUCGACUUCUAUACUUCUCAAAACCCAUGCGCAAGCAGUCGGCAAUUCUGACUUUAAGAGCUUGUAUAAUGACAAGACUACAUAGGACGUACUAGACUGGAUGUUUACAUUAUAGGACAAAGUUUUGAUCUCGUUGUUAAUCUGUUAUCAAUUUAUGCAGCAGCAACCCAUGGAAAUUGGGUCUUGGGGAAUAUGCACCUCACUUUUCUGAGAAGGCACACACUCAACAAGAGGAAAAAUUCCAAAGUACACUGGUACUUAAAAAAAUUCCCAAAAUACAUAAGUUAUAAAAAAUAAUUCUCAAAACACACAUGUUUCACAUUCACUGUUUUUGUCUAACGCAGUGAAUAUAAUCACCGCAUUAAAAAACACGGUGAACA